GCUUUAUAACAAGCAAACCGUUCGGGCAUAGUCCAAACAUGGCCCCAGCGAUGCACUGGAUGCGUUAUUGUCACCUGUAUUAAUUAAUUAUUCAGCGGGCGUAAAAACAAGGGUGGACUUCCGCAAUGUGCUAAACAUUAAACUGGACCAGUCGUUAGUGAAGUAACCACAGCCUUCCCGUAGGAGAAGACUGCUCCGCUCUUUUGGCUCUUGUUGCACUAGACCGUAAGGGAGGAAAAACCCAAACGAGAUCAUCAAGAUGGCGGAACUCACGGGACUGACUGGGCCGUCACAAUCCCUUCCGCCAGUGGAAUCGUCAGGUAUCGCAUCUAGACAGAGAUCCAGCUAUGGGCAAAGUGUUCGACUUCCUCCUUUAUCUCAGCAGUCUCAGUCGCAAGCCCCGCCCCCUUACAACGAUGUUGAGCACAAUACACUCCUUGCGUCAGGUGGACUGAGGGGAGCAGGGAUGGACCAAUCGAUACCAUGGAGAGCACCGCCCGGAGAGACGGACACACCGACUUAUCACUGGCCAGACGCCCCAGAUACGGACGUGGAGGACAACGAAAAGGUGCGGGAACCAGUGUACAAGAUGGCGCAUGCGUUACCGACCAUCCCGGGCCACGAGAGGACCAGCACCAAGGAAAGUAAGCCUGCAGAGAGACCGAAAUUGCAAAUACCACACAAUGACAGACGUGAAUUCAAAUCUGGGAACUUGACGAUUUCUCACGAGGAGGCCAAAGGAUGCUUGGUGGAUAUGACGUCACAUCGAUGUUGCUACGGCAGCGGGGCUGCCAGGGAGCUGGAAGUUCAGGAGAUAGAGUAUUCGGCCGCAGCUAAAUACUCCCUCGAGACGUUUGUGGAAAGUCGCACGAGCAAGCGAGCCUGUAUCCCAUACAAAGGCCAAACCGUAGACUCACCACAAGAGGGCGCCCCUCCAGCUCUUUGGGAGGCAGCUAUCGAGGCGCCCGAGAAAUACAAACCUUGUGUCAAGACCGUCAGGGUACCUCACUGCUCAAUAAUAGAGACUUGUUACGCCUGCAGUGGAAGAGGCUUCAAUAAGUGCUACCGAUGCAAAGGAAGGGGAAAAACAAAGUGUAGAUACUGCAAGGCCAGGGGCCAGCGAGGAAACAAAGAGUGUGAAUACUGCAGGGGUAAAGGGAGACAAAGGUGUUUCCGAUGUAAUGGUCAUGCGGUUAUAUCGUGUUCCGUUUGCGAGGCAUAUAAGCAACUGGAAUUCUUCAUUGAAGUUACUUCGACAUUCAAAGUCAAGACAGACGAGUAUUUGCAUCACGCUGAUAAGCGGUUACCAAGGAAACUGUUAAGAGGGAUUGAAGGCAUCACACUUUUUGAAGAAGAGGCACAGAUAGUGGCGCCCUUGAGUAACUUCCCGACCUUGGAGGUGAACAGCCAAUCAGAGAAGCUUGUGGCGAAACAUGCAAAUGUGAAAACGGAGCGCCUGAUACUACAGAGACACAAGCUGGUCGGGAUUCCAAUCGCACAAGUUGAGUACACGAGGAAAGGGAAAGGAGGCAAGUAUUGGCUCUACGGUCAACAGCGCAAGGUGUAUGCACCAGACUACCCACAGCAAUGCUGCUGUUCCUGUCGUUGUCCCAUAUGCUAAUGAUAUGUCGAGGAUAAGUAUUUCAACCGUCGCAGUAUUGUUGCGAGUUUGAAUCGUCAACAGAUACCAUCAUUGAAUGCUUUGCAAAUAUUUAUAACAAUACAUUAAUAUUCAAGAAGAGAGGCUUGGAACAUUAGGGCUGCUUGUCACGAAUUAUCCAAGACUUAUAUAUAUUUUGAAAAGCUGGUGAUGUUUGAAUUAGAUACUGGAUAAGUAUUGCUUAUUGUACAUAUAUCGCAACCGAUUUAAAACAAAGAGAAAAAUCAAGAGUGCGUAACAACCAAAUUGCACAGACAAUUAGCCAUAAUAAAGUCAAACAAAGACAAUAGUCGAAAAGAUAAAGAAUAUUACAAAACCAAUCUCGAGAACAGAAAGGCAUUUUCACAAACCGAGAAACUGAUGUGUGCCUGUGGUCAUUUCCUUUUCUUGUUGGAGUUGUUCAUUUUCGACCAACUAACGUUUCUCGAGUCCAUGGUACGUCUAUAUCCAUCCCCAUAAUUGUUUGUGACAGAGAUUGUGUUGCUUUAUUCACUACCACGGUAAAUUUGUACACUUGCAAUUUACAUAUCAUGUUAACGUUUGGAGAGAAAAUGUUUUUUUGUAGACAGAGAGUUUAAUGCUACAUAGCAAAGAUAUUUUAGUUUAACGUUUGUUUAUUUCCUGACUGAUCAAGCCUAACAUACGCAGACCCAUCAAUUGAUGUUUCGAUGCCGUAAAGUAUAAUGCCUAAUGGCUGUGUGUUUUCUGAUUUUGUGUUGUGAGAAAUAAAAGAAAUGAUUCCCUGAA